AGAGAAGCACUAUUCAAGACAAAUUCUCCUCCUUGUUGUUUAAGAAUCAAUCCAUUGGAUCCAUCAAUUGUUUACUUUGGUACAUACACAUUAAUUGAAGGUAACAACAGAAAAGGUUCUAUUGAAAUAUGGAGAAUAGGCAAGAAAAAGGACGUUGAUUCAUCGUUUUCUACAGACUUUCCUGACGAUGACUCUUCAUUACUAUUAGCAACUGCAAGCUCUACGGGGAACAUUACUUUUUGGAAAAUUGAAAAAGAUGAUGGUACUGCAUUUAUAGAAGUUGCAGAUGUGCAGUUGUUCCCUGAAGCUACAUUGAGAUCGGACGAAACACUAAUUACAUCAAUAAAUUUCCAUUCAAACAAAAACUACUUGGUAUUUACGGCUACUUCAGGUGUUGUUGGCUAUUAUGAUUACGAAAGCCCAACCAAAUUUCCAGAAGAAUCAUCAGUGAGAUUCUUUGGUUCAGAACAUUCCCUUGAAGCUUGGUUUGCGGACUGGGGUCAUCAUGGACUUUUAGAUAAUGUUGUGUUCAGUGGGGGAGAUGAUGCCAAGUUGAUCGCUCAUGAUAUUAGAGAGCCGAUGGCAAUAAUGGAAACCAGUCGUAUUCAUGAUGCAGGGAUAGUAUCCAUACUCACAGGAAGGCAGAGUUGGGGUGAGAAAGUCACUGAUCAAUUCGUUAUAUGGACAGGUGGUUAUGACGAUAAUCUCUGUGUUUUAGAUUUACGUGCUGGUUUAGGGAGCACAGGUGGUAGUCUGAUCCCUGGACUGCCACCAAUAGUAAGAGAAAAACACAAUCUUGGAGGAGGAGUUUGGCGAAUGAUUCCAUCCCCACAUACUAAUGACUCUAGAGUUAUGACAUGCAACAUGUACGAUGGGGGUAGAGUUCUCUCAUAUAACGAACAAACGGCACAACAAGUUGAGGUUGUUGGUAAUUAUAAAGGAGAACAUUCAAGCAUAACCUACGGUGGCGAUUGGGUUGGUGAUAAAAUAAUUAGUUGCAGCUUUUACGAUAACAUAGUACAAGUAUGGAAU